UGCAGGUGGCGUGGGCACGGCGGUGCAGCCGCCGGCCGAGCCGCUCCCGCUCCGCUCCGUCUUUCCUUGGGGAAGCCGUGCGGCUCAGCGGAUCGGCAGUCACGGACGGGUUUGUCCCACGGAGAGCUGAUGCCGAGCUCCCCCUCCCCGGCAGCAGCCGCCUGCCGCAGCACGUCCCGCCGCUGGAGCCGCGGGGGUCCCGGGGCGGGCGCAGCCCUGCGUGGGAGGAGACUCGGCGGGGCGGGCCGGGCCGCGCCGGGCAGCGUGCGGCGGAGCGCGGCGGUGGCGACAGCAGGAUGCGGGAGGCGCGGUUCAGGGACCACUUCUGGAGCACGGAUCUGACCAGCACGGUUGGCUAUGACAGCAUCAUUCAGCAUCUGAAUGAUGGCAGGAAGAACUGCAAAGAGUUUGAAGACUUUCUGAAGGAAAGAGCAAUUAUAGAAGAAAAAUAUGGCAAGGAGCUCAUUAACUUGUCGAAGAAGAAGCCCUGUGGGCAGACAGAGCUGAACACGCUGAAGAGAUCCCUCGAUGUUUUCAAGCAACAGAUAGACAAUGUGGGACAAGGUCACAUCCAGCUGGCACAAACCCUUCGGGAGGAAGCAAAGAAGAUGGAGGACUUCAGGGAAAAGCAAAAGCUGCAUCGGAAAAAGAUAGAGCUGAUAAUGGAGGCGAUUCACAAAAACAGGAAUCUUCAGUACAAGAAGACCAUGGAGGCCAAGCGUCUGUACGAGCAGCGCUGCCGGGACAAGGAUGAGGCGGAGCAGGCUGUGCACCGCAACGCCAGCCUGGUCACACAGAAGCAGCAGGAGAAGCUGUUCCUGAAGCUGGCUCAGACGAAAUCAGCACUGGAAGACACUGACAGGAGUUACCAGCAGAGUGUGACCACAAUGGAGAAGAUCCGGGAAGAGUGGCAGAACGAGCACAUCAAAGCUUGUGAGUUCUUUGAGACUCAAGAAUGCGAGCGGAUCAACUAUUUCCGUAAUGCCCUCUGGCUCCACGUCAACCAGCUCUCCCUGGGCUGUGUCCAGAAUGAUGAGAAAUAUGAGGAAAUCCGCAAGAGUUUAGAAAUGUGCAGCAUUGAGAAGGAUGUUGAUUUUUUCGUAAAUUUACGCAAAACUGGAAGUUUGGCUCCAGCUCCUGUUGUUUAUGAAAACUACUAUAAUGCCCAGAGAAAUGUGACUCCUGUGAGAAGUCCAGCUCCUGUGCCUAUAUCAAGGAGGGGACCCUUGCCCACCCCGACCAGUGCACCAGGGGAGCCUGAUUAUGCCACAGUUGAUGGUUACAGCUUGGUACAUUUCUAACAGUCACAGUUUUCCAAGAGGCAGAAGACACUGUUGGUCUGACCAGCAUGGCAGAGAUGAUGCUUUCAGUUACUCCCAGACAUAUAGAGCUGAAGUGCUUCUGCUUUUCAAGAGAAUAUUUGAGGACUCCAACAAUUAUUUGUACAUUCAGAAAGUGCUUACUAAAAAUCUAUGCCUCUGAUCAGCAAACUCCUUGGAUGGAUCUUCACACUCAGAGUAAGAAAAGGACCAGACACAGGGGUGAUCUGUGUUGGAAGAAGUUUUCAAUUUGAAGUUCUUCUAAAGUGUAGCCAUCUAGAAAGUCUGGAGCCUCCCACUCUGUAGGUAACUAAGAAGUAUGUGCUGAGAGGAGCAGUGCACAAUGCUUUGGUCAUGCUGGCUUGUGUUCAGGGUAUGUGCAUCCCUCUCAGAUCUCAGGUUUUGCCUGUUCCUAAGGGCUUUUGCCUGUUCCUAAAGUCUUUCAUUAGUGGGGAUUAAACUUGUCCAUUGGGUCAAAUUUUACUCAUAUCUCUCAGAAAUCUUACUUAGAGGAGCACCAGCAGUUGCACAGAGUAUGUGGCUUAGCUGUAGCUGUGCUCCAGGCUUAAAUGCUGACACUGGAAGGUGAUUUGCAUCUACCCAGGGAGGGGCUGUGCCACAUCCAACCUGCUGGGAGGUCCCAGGAAGGAUCAGAAGGAAUUUAUUCAUCUCUUCCAACCACCUCUCCGUUGAGGGCCUUGUGAGCUCUUAGGUUUAUCAGGUUGUCCCUGGUAAGCUCUGGAUACCAGGCUGGAGCUUGGAGCAACCUGGUCUAGUGGAUGGUGACCCUGUCCAUGGCAGGGAGUUGGAACUGAUGCCUUUUUGGGACCACCUAAAAACAGAGGUCCCACAAAAUUAAAGGGAAUAAAAAUAACUUGUAUUUAUUGAAGGGCCUUCAGGUACACUUGGGGCAUACAAACCUCCCCCCAUGGGCUACACCCCAAAAAUAGACAAUGGAUCAUGGGUUUUCAUAUUUUUUAAGUUUGGUCC